AAUCGGAUUUUUGGAGUAAAAUUCGGUAGGGUGUUAGAAAAACGAAAGACGAGUGAAGUAAAUAAAAGACCAAAAACGUAUGAUAAAAACAAAAACAAAAACAAAACCCUCUUUUUUGUUCUUCUUCUUCUUCUUCUUCUUCUUCUUUCAAUUUCAACUUUUAAUUCUUUUCCGAGGUUGUUUCUUCAAUUUUGUUCAUUCGUUUCUCGUGGAAACUCUAUGAAACACCACUGAAACGGCAUCCGUUGACCGCAAUUAUGGCUGAAAAAGCUUACCUCCAACUGAAGGAGCUAGGAUCCAAGCUCGAUAUUGUUCCUUCUUCCAAAGACUCUCUCAUCAAACUCUUGAAGCAAGCGACCGUAUGUCUUGCUGAUCUGGAUCAGUCACCUUUGACUACAACACGGGAUUCAAUGAAUCCUUUUUUUAAUGCAAUUGUUAAACCAGAAUUGCUGAAGCACCAAGAUAAGGAUGUCAAGCUUCUAGUUGCAACAUGUAUUUGUGAGAUAACCCGGAUAACUGCACCCGAACCUCCUUAUAAUGAUGAAAUUCUAAAGGAUAUCUUUCGGUUGACUGUGAGCACUUUCAGCGGUCUAAGCGAUACUAAUGGCCCAUCCUUUGGACGAAGAGUUGUUAUAUUGGAGACUCUUGCAAAGUAUAGGUCGUGUGUUGUGAUGUUGGAUCUUGAAUGCGAUGAUCUAGUGAAUGAAAUAUUCAAUACUUUUGUUGCAGUUGCCAGAGAUGAUCAUCCAGAAAGUGUCCUGUCAUCCAUGCAAACUAUAAUGGUGGUUCUUUUAGAAGAGAGUGAGGAGGUUCACGAGCAUCUGUUAUCUAUUUUACUUUCUACAUUAGGCCGCGGAAACAAAGGUGUUACUAUGGCUGCAAGAAGACUGGCCAUGAAUGUCAUACAGCAAUGCGUGGGAAAACUUGAACCCAGCAUUAAACAACUUUUGCUAUCGUUAAUGGCUGGAGAUAGCAAGCUAGUGAACAAUCAAAUUGACUACCAUGGAAUUAUCUAUGAUCUGUAUUGCUGUGCUCCUCAGAUUCUAUUUGGAGUUCUCCCUUAUGUGACUGGAGAGCUACUGACUGACCAGUUGGAAACCCGUUUGAAAGCAAUGAACUUGGUUGGCGAUAUGAUUUCUAUUCCUGGAACUUCCAUUCCUGAAGCAUUUCAGCCUAUAUUUUCAGAAUUCUUAAAGAGGUUGUCUGAUAGAGUUGUUGAGGUUCGCAUGUCUGCCAUUGAGCAUGUAAAGAACUGUCUGCUGUUGAAUCCUUUUAGAGCGGAAGCUUCUCAAAUAUUAUCUGCUCUUUGUGAACGGCUGCUGGAUUUUGAUGAAAAUGUUCGAAAGCAUGUUGUGGCUGUUAUAUGUGAUGUGGCAUGUCAUUCCCUAAAUGCAAUUCCACUUGAAACGGUGAAACUUGUUGCGGAACGGCUUCGUGAUAAAUCUCUACUUGUUAAAAAGUAUACAAUGAAAAGAUUGGCUGAAGUGUAUAGAGUUUCUUGUGAGAAAAGCCGUGACACAGCCAGUCUAAAUGAAUAUGACUGGAUUCCUGGAAAGAUCGUUAGAUGUUUCUAUGAUAAAGAUUUCAGAUCUGAUAUAAUUGAAUCUGUUUUAAGUGAAUCCCUAUUUCCAGUAGAGUUUUCAAUUAGUGAUGUUGUUAAACAUUGGGUUGGGAUUUUCUCUGGAUUUGAUAAAGUGGAGGUCAAGGCUCUUGAAAAAAUAUUGGAGCAGAAACAAAGGUUACAGCAAGAGAUGCAAAAAUAUCUUUCUCUGAGGCAGAUGCAUCAGGAUAAAGAUGUUCUUGAGGUCCAAAAAAAGAAUCUUUUCUGUUUCAGAGUAAUGUCCCAUUCAUUUGCUGACCCCGUAAAGGCCGAAGAGAGUUUCCAGAUUCUUGAUCAAUUAAAAGAUGCUAAUAUUUGGAAGAUUUUGGCAAAUCUUGUUGAUCCAAAUACUAGUCUCCAUCAAGCACAUGCCUAUCAGGAUGAUUUGCUUAAAAUACUUGGCGUGAAACAUCGACUCUAUGAAUUUCUGAAUACAUUAUCUAGGAAGUGCUCCUAUGUGCUUUUCAACAAGGAGCACGUAAAAGCAAUUCUUGUAGAAAUAGUAGCUCAAGAAUCUGCAGAGAAUGCUCAGCGUAAACAGUCUUGCAUGAAUUUAUUGGUGAUAAUUGCUCGAUUCUGUCCAUUGCUUCUUAGUGGUUGCGAGGACGAACUGGUGAAUCUACUGAAUGAUGAUAAUGAUAUUAUCAAAGUGGGCGUUCUGAAUGUUUUAGCCAACGCCGGUGCUACAAUUCGUAAACAACUUUCAGUAACUUCAAGUUCGGUAGACCUUAUAUUGGAGAGGCUAUGUUUAGAAGGCAGCCGGAGACAGGCAAAGCAUGCUGUCCAUGCAUUGGCUGCAAUAACAAAGGACGAUGGCCUCAAAUCUCUUUCUGUUCUAUACAAGAAACUUGUAGAUAUGCUGGAAGAAAAAACACAUCUGCCUACAGUACUGCAGUCUUUAGGGUGUAUAGCGCAGACAGCCAUGCCUGUUUUUGAAACUAGAGAGAGUGAAAUUAAAGAAUUUAUAAUAAACAGGAUUCUGAAAAGUGACGGUAAUGAUCACACUAGAACAUCUUGGGAUGAUAAAAGCGAUCUUUGUAUGCUGAAGAUAAAUGGCAUUAAAACAUUAAUAAAAAGCUACCUGCCUUUCAAAGAUGCUCAUGUUCGUCCCGAUAUUGACAGUCUUCUGGAUAUCCUUAGGAAUAUUCUAUCUUAUGGUGAAAUAUCAAAGGACCUGCAAUCAAGUCCAGUUGAUAAGGCCCAUUUGAAGCUUGCUGCUGCAAAGGCUGUUACUCGUUUGUCAAGGCUUUGGGAUCAAAAGAUACCUGUUGAUAUUUUCCACUUAACGUUAAGGGUAUCUGAGAUUAGCUUUCCUCAAGUUAAGAAGGUUUUUUUAAGCAAAGUUUACCAAUAUAUUAAAGACCGCCUUUUGGAUGCCAAAUAUGCAUGUGCCUUCUUAUUCAACAUAUUUGGAUCCAAGCCGCACGAAUUUGCAGAGGAUAAACAUAAUCUGGCAGAUAUUAUUCAAAUGCACUACCAGGCGAAGGCUCGACAAGUUCCGGUGCAAUCAGAUUCAAAUUCCUUGACCAUUUACCCGGAAUACAUCCUGCCAUACCUAGUUCAUGCUCUUGCUCAUAACUCAUGUCCCAAUGUUGAGGAGUGCAAGGAUGUUGGAGCAUAUGAUAAUAUAUACCGGCAGUUGCACUUAAUACUGUCAAUAUUACUUCAAAGAGACGAAGGUGCCAAGUCAGAAGCAACUACUAACAAAGAAAAAGAUAUUAUAUCUACUAUCACUUCAUUAUUUCAGAGUAUCAAACUUUCUGAAGAUACGGUUGACACAUCAAAGACAAAGAAUUCCCAUGCAAUAUGUGACCUUGGGUUAGCAAUAACUAAACGAUUAGUGCAGAAGGAUGUUGAUUUGCAAGAAUUGUCCCAUUUGGUGUCUCUACCUCCAAUACUAUACAAAGCAUUUGAGAAGAAGGAAGGAGAUGACACUAUGGUAAGUGAAGUGAAAAGCUGGGUUGUGGAUGACACCGCCUUGACUCACUUUGAAUCUCUUGAGUUAGAAAUGGUUCGAUCCCAAUUAGCCGAGGAUGAAGCUUCAAAGCACAAUGAAGAAAAUGAAAUCUCUUUGGGCGCGAUGUUAAAGCAAAUCAAAUCUCAGGUAGUUAGUGGCAAAAAGGUGAAAAAGAUUAAGCCUGUGGCAGCUGAAACAGAAAAUGUUGAAAAUGAUUUUGCUAUCUCGAAUAACUUAGACAACGUGGGGUCAACCAUCAAUGUUGAACCAUGUAAUGGUCAUGAACAUUCUUUAAGUAAGGAAACGCCGAAGGAUCUAGAGCAUGCCACAGGUCGAAAAAGAAAAACUGGUGAAACAACACCUGCUCCAGUGACUAAGCGCAGUAGGUCUUCCUCUGCUCAUGGUAAACAGAGACUAUCAACUAGUACGUUAAAUUCAUCUCGAAGAGUUUCAGGAGAAAACUCCCCUGGAGCAAAAUCAGUGUUGGAUGCAGAUAUUAACACUGAUACAGAUAGCGACAUGCAGAAAAUAACGAUCAAAGACUUGUUGGUGUCCGCAUUAAAAAAAAAAGUUAAGGGCUCUGAAAGUUAUCAUAGUGAUGAGUCAAAUGAACAUGAUGAAUAUGACAUGAAGAGUCCUGAAGAUUUUGAACAAAGUGCAAAGACUGCAAGUAAUAAUUCCAAGUCAUCAACACGUUUUAGUAAAAAGACUAAAAGAAAAAGUACUGCAGGAUUGACAAAGUGCACAACGAAGAAGGGUGAAAUUGAUAUUGAAGAUAUAAUUGGUUGCAGAAUUAAAAUUUGGUGGCCUUCGGACAAGAAAUUUUAUGGAGGCACUAUUAAGUCUUAUGAUUCUUUAAAAGGGAAGCAUGUGGUAUUAUACGAUGACGGAGAUGUAGAAAUACUCCGUUUGGACAAGGAGCGCUGGGAGCUUUUAGACAAGGGUCGUAAAUCUACUAAGAAGAUAAAACGCUCUUCACUUGAAACUUCUGGGCACAAACAUAAAGGUUCACCAAGUAAAAAGAAACAAAAGAUAGUUAAUGGUAAGCAAUCUCCAAGCAAGCCUGUAAAACCUAGGAAAAAAUAUGCAUCAAAAAGGGUUUUCCAUCAAGAGGAAGCCAAAGAGAGUUCUGAGAUAUCAAAUCCUGAAGAGACAAUGACAUAUAAAGCUGAUGAGAUGAACUCAGGUGGUUCAGAAGAGGAACCGACUGUAGGGCACGACGAAAUUGCAACAAAGGGAAAGAAAUCUAACAAGAAAGUGAGAUCAGUUUCCAGAAGAAAGAGACUCAAGAAAACCAAGAACUUUCAGCCUGUGGGAGAAUCGGAUGAAGAUAAGCAGGACUAUAGUGCAAGGAGUUCUGAAGAUAGAGAGAGUGUCCCGCAAUAUGGCUCAGAAGAGAGGAAUGCGGAUGAAUCAACUGAAGCUUUGAGGGAUAAUGUUCAUGGAGAAGAAUCGGACUCUGAAGAGGAACAAGAUAACAGCGAUGUGGAAGUUAGUCCUGGAGAAACCGAGAAACUGCAUAUAGAACCAUCAAGUCCUGAUGAUGUCAGCAUUGCUGAGAUUUCUGACGAAGCUCCUUUGAGCAAAUGGAAGUGUCGGAACGGGAAGAAGAAAAGCUCACAGAAGACACGGUGAACAGUUUAACAGUUGUAGCUGUGUCUGUGAAAAUUGCUGCAGAGGCAGUGCUGUUGAAGUACAGGUGUCGACAUGGAUGAAGAUGACUGCCGAAUUGAAGAUCUUUAGUUAUUAACAUACUAAUAAAAAUGCUUUACAUGCCUUGUUGUAGAAUGUAAUAUAACACUAGUCAUUCCCACGUUGAGAAAGGAAAGUUUGAAGGGUUUUUAUAGGGUUAUGUUCCUGCUAAAUGAGCUUUUGUUAGUACAGGUGAUAGGCUCAGCAUAUGAUUCAUUAAGGUGUUGACAUAGAUGAUAUACUUGACAGGGACAAGAUAAUCAACAAUGUGUACAGCUAUACGUGGGGGAUAAUUGCAUCCAUAUCGUUAGCAUAUUUAUACUUCUGAACUGUUAACUGAUGAAA